CUGCCGUAUUGUUGUGACAUUUAUGUGAGGUUGCCAUGGUAACUGAUCAAUAGGUGGCGAUGCCGCGUUAUCGGAAUUCGCUGGACGGGUGGCGGAGUCGCGUCAAGAAAGUCUCCUUCAUUCAGUACCUCUUCGGUGUGUUUGUUCUCAUUAACCUCCUCACUUUAAUUAGUUACCGUGGUUACAUCGGGACGCACAGACGUGGACAUUUGAACCUGAAGACGGCCACAAGAUUCAUGCAAAGUCUCGACACUCUGGAACGGAAGAUCAAGAAGAUCGAAGAGGACACGGUGCGCAACCACGAGGUGAUCAAACAGAUCAAAGAAACGGUCCGCAAAUUGGUCAAGGGAGACAACACCGGGCUGGAGCGGCUUGGGGAGGUUGUUGAUGUGGUGCACACACAGCGACUGACCGACAGACCAGUUGCCACCGUGGUGCAGGGCAUUGCGAAGGAUGAGGAGAGGUAUAGCGUCAUGAAGUUUGCCGUGUCCGAGGUCGAACAUGAGGUCUGCUCGCUGGCGGAGAAACCGAUAUUGACGGCCGACAUUAAGAUGUCGCAGGUAUUUGAUGAGAACAAGUUUGACGACCCGGACGGCGGGGUGUGGAAACAAGGCUGGGACAUUCAGUACAACGUCAACCAGUGGAACCAAAACAACAAACUACAAGUGUUCGUCGUCCCACACUCGCAUACCGACCCCGGAUGGCUGAGAACUUUUGAAGACUACUACAAGCUGCAGACAAGGAAGAUAUUUGAGAACAUGGUUCCGAAAUUAGAAGAAGACGUGCGUAGAAAAUUCAUCUACGCAGAGAUCUCAUUUUUCUCACUUUGGUGGAACGAAAUAGACGAGGCCAUGAGAAAUCGAGUGAAAAGGUUGUUGUCUAAGGGCCAGCUAGAGAUAGUUACCGGGGGGUGGGUGAUGACGGACGAGGCGAACGCUCACUACUUUGCGAUGAUUGAUCAGCUGAUUGAGGGACACCAGUGGCUGGAUGGAACACUCGGCGUCAAACCCAAGUCGGGAUGGGCCAUCGAUCCAUUCGGCUACUCGUCGACGAUGGCAUAUCUCUUGAAGAGAUCUGGCUUCUCCAACAUGUUGAUACAGCGAGUGCACUACUCCAUCAAGAAAUACUUGGCUCAGCAACGGAACAUGGAGUUUAUGUGGAGGCAGCAGUGGGAUCGUGACGGAAGCACGGACAUCUUGUGUCACCUGAUGCCGUUCUACUCGUACGACAUCCCACACACCUGCGGCCCCGACCCAGCCGUCUGCUGCCAGUUCGACUUCCGCCGUCUGCCGGGAUCCUCGUACAAGUGUCCUUGGAAAAUCAGCCCAGUCGCCAUCCACAGCCUUAAUGUUCAGGAAAGGGCAACAACUCUACUGGAUCAGUAUCGUAAGAAGUCACAGCUGUACAAGACGAAUGUGUUAUUCGUUCCCCUUGGCGACGACUUCCGCUAUGACACGCCGGAGGAGUGGGACAAGCAGUUCAACAACUACCAGAAGAUCUUCGACUACCUCAACAGCCGGCCGGAGCUCGGGGUGCAGACUCAGUUUGGAACGCUAACUGACUAUUUCACCGCUCUGUACAAGAGUCAGGGUGUUGCCGACGGUGUUAAGCCGAGCACUGUGUCGACAUUGAGCGGAGAUUUCUUCACGUACGCCGACCGCGAAGAUCACUACUGGAGUGGCUACUUCACAUCGCGACCGUUCUACAAGAAUCUCGACAGACUCAUGGAGAGUCAUCUCAGAUCUGCUGAAGUGAUCUUCUCGCUGGCUCUGUCGUAUGCCCGUAAAGUGUCGUCCACCACGUUCCCAUCGGUCGAGUUCAUGACCAAACUGGUGGAGGCGAGGAGAAACCUGGGUCUAUUCCAACACCACGACGGAAUAACCGGCACAGCCAAAGAUUUUGUGGUUGUUGACUAUGGACAGAGACUUCAUGGGUCACUGAACGACCUGAAAUCGGUGAUCACGGAAUGCGCCACAUAUUUAAUGUCGGACGAAAAGGACAAGUACAGGUUCAAAGGGGCACCGUUCUUCAAUGUCGAUGAAAUUCGAGAAAGUCAGGAUUCAUUACCGAAGAAGAUGUUAUUGGAGGUGGAUGCAGAAUUUCGGCCUGUUUUGAUCUACAACUCCCUGGCACACAAGAGAUCGGAGCUGGUGAAACUUGUCGUGAACCGUGCUGACGUGGAGGUGCGUGAUGCAGCAGACAACGUCAUACACACACAGGCCGAACCGUUCUGGGUGGAGAAAGACCAGUUUUCCAGAGACAAAUUCAAGAUUGCGUUUGUGGCAGACGUGGCCGCGCUGGGAAUCAGUCAGUACCGGAUCCGGGCUGUGUCGUACCGGUCUAACCCGAAACACCACGUCGCGGCCGUCACACUAAUGAACUGUCCAUCUCUCGAACCUAGUAACAUCCCACCAUUUGACGUGAAGAAGAGUAUGGAAUCUGAGGAGUUCCACAUUGAAAAUCACCUGAUUAAGGCAACAUUUGCCAAAGAUACCGGACUCUUGAAGAGUGUGGUCAAAGCUGAUGGAUCGGUUCACACACUGAACCUGACGUUUGUCAUGUACGGGGUUAAGAAUGCUAAAGAGAAGUCCGGAGCCUAUCUCUUCCUGCCUGACGGAGAAGCAAAACCGAUGAUAGUCUCACAUCCACUGAUUCGGAUUAUCCGCGGGCCGAUAGUGUCGGAAGUCCACGUUCUUAUUCAGUAUGUAGAGCAUGUCGUACGACUCAGCAGUUCCCCAGGAAGUGAUGGUGCAUCAGUUGAUAUCGCCAACACGGUGGACAUCCGACACCUGUUUAACAAUGAGAUUGCACUGCGGAUCAACACCAACAUCGACAAUCAAGACCGAGUCUUCUUCACUGAUCUUAAUGGCUUCCAGAUGCAGCGAAGGAAGAUGUAUGACAAACUGCCGCUACAGGCCAACUAUUACCCUAUGACAUCGAUGGCGUUUCUAGAAGAUGGGAAAACUCGACUCAGUAUUCUCACCAAACAGUCGCUGGGUGUAGCCAGUUUGAAGAAAGGUCAGAUUGAGGUGAUGUUGGAUCGUCGACUGAACCAAGACGACAAUCGAGGUCUAGGGCAGGGAGUUCUAGAUAACAAGAAAACACCAAACCGGUUUAGACUGCUGCUAGAGACAAGGAAAUCACCACAGACAACGAACCAGGCGAUUGGCUACCCUUCUCUUCUGUCUCACAUUUCCUCCUUCCACCUCGUGCACCCGCUGCACAUGAUUCCUAAAAACACCAAGGGUCCCGACAUGAAGCUGAGACGGAUGUUUGUGCCCAUGUCAACACCGUUGCCAUGUGAGAUCCACCUCGUCAACCUGCGGACGAUGCAGAACCGGGACGACAGCCCCGAGCUGAAACACGUGCCGAGAGAGACGGCGGCGAUUAUUCUACACAGACUGGUGCACGACUGCAGUUUUGAAACUCACAGUUUGUCCUGUCUGCCGUCCAAUGGAAAAGUUAUAUUUAAAAAUAUGUUUAAAGAUUUGAAGUUGAAGAAUAUUCAUUCGACGUCAUUGACGCUAAUGCAUGUCCACAAAGAACUUGACCCGUCGUCCGUUAUCCAGCUCCAGCCAAUGGAAAUCAAUACAUACAGAAUAGCCCUAGAUUAACCGAUGAAAAACCAUGACACAUUGAUAUGAUUAUUAUAGCCAAUCAGGCACGUGCUUAUAAAACAUGUGGAGGCUGGGCUUGAGAUACCAGCCUUGAAGCUGCAGUGGUUUUGCUGUCAGGUUCAAGGUUGACAGUUCAUGGGUUCGAAUCUUAGUAUGUUUUGUUUAUUUGAGUGUUUUUGUUGGGUUUUUUUUUUGUAUUUGUGAGAUCAAUAUCACCACAUGGAGGUUCAAGACCGACAGUUCCUGGGUUCGAAUCCCGGUUUAAUUAAAAAAAAAAUCUAAAUUUCAUUUUAAUUUUUUUUAAAUAAUUUCGCCUGAUCAAUAUCAGGUCAUGAUGUGUGUGCCUUGCGAUCGUGGUAUUGUUAAACAAAUCAAAUGUUUUGAGUUUAUAUAACAAACACUCUGUCCUGGACACACACCUCAGCCAUCUGAGCUGUCUGUUUAGGACAGUGGGUUAGUAAUUAGUGAGAGACAAUUCUAUGUAGUUGCCUUACAACUCUCCAUUCAACUGUUAAAACUCUCGAGUUUAGUUGGUACUGGAAUGAGACUAAUGGAACAAUAUAGUAAGUUUCCUAUCCAAGACUCUACGUAAAAAUUUACAAGUGUUUGACAUCCAGUAGCGGAUGAUGAAUAAAUCAAUGUGCUCUAGUGCAGUGGUGUUGUUACACAAACAAACUUUAACUUUAUAAAUUCUACCCUUUAUGUUUUAUACUCAUUCCGACCAGGGCACCAUAACUGGACAAAGGCCGUGGUGUGUGCUUUCCUGUCUGUGGGAAAGUGCAUAUAAAAGAUCCCUUGCAGCAUUAGGAAAAAUGUAGUGGGUUUCCUCUGAU